AUGCAUGUGAUGAUGCACAAAAUCUCUUUUCCAUCUCUACAUUUACUAUUCCUAUUACUACUCUGCCUCCAUCCUCUCAUCAACGUAGCCAGUGGUUAUUCAACAAUCGGCAUUGACCGGUGGUGCGACCAAACUCCUUACCCCGAUCCAUGCAAAUGCUACUUCAAAAACCACAAUGGUUUUGGACUCCCGACACAACUAUCUGAGUUCCGAGUAAUGCUGGUGGAAGCAGCCAUGGAUCGGGCUAUAUCCGCCCGGGACGAGCUGACUCGGUCUGUGCAGAACUGCACCGAUAGCCGGAAACAAGCCGUUUUGACUGACUGCAUUGACCUCUAUGGAGACACGAUCAUGCAGCUAACCAGAACGCUGGAGGGCGUGUCGCCAAAAGCCGGUGCCGGAAAACGGUGCACCGACUUCGACGCCCAGACCUGGCUGAGCACCGCACUUACAAACACGGAGACUUGCCGACGCGGCUCAUCCGAUCUCAACGUCUCAGAUUUUAUCACACCGAUUGUUUCAAACACCAAAAUCUCCCACUUAAUAAGCAACUGCUUAGCCGUCAACGGAGCCCUCUUGCCCACUGGAGACAACGUCACCACCACUGCUGAUGGGAAAAGUUUUCCCACAUGGCUUUCUAGCAAAGAGAGGAGACUUCUACAAUUGCAAUCUACGCGUGCUGUUCGAGCUAACGUUGUGGUGGCGAAAGACGGAUCAGGACAUUUCACGACGGUGCAAGCGGCAAUUGAGGUGGCUGGACGGAGAAAAGUGACGUCAGGGAGGUUUGUGAUAUACGUGAAGAGAGGAAUCUAUCAAGAAAACAUAAACGUACGUCUCAAUAACGAUAACAUAAUGUUGGUCGGAGAUGGAAUGAGAUCCACCAUUAUCACCGGUGGUCGAAGUGUUAAAGGAGGUUACACCACCUACAAUUCCGCCACUGCCGGUAUCGAGGGACUUCACUUCAUAGCCAAAGGUCUAACAUUCCGGAACACGGCAGGUCCGGCCAAGGGCCAGGCCGUGGCACUCCGAUCAUCCUCGGACCUCUCAAUCUUCUACAAAUGCUCAAUCGAAGGAUACCAAGACACAUUAAUGGUCCAUUCGCAACGCCAGUUUUACCGUGACUGCUACAUCUAUGGAACGGUAGAUUUCAUCUUUGGAAACGCAGCCGCCGUUUUCCAAAACUGUCUCAUCCUCCCUCGUCUCCCACUCAAGGGUCAAGCCAAUGUAAUAACCGCACAAGGUCGUGCUGAUCCAUUCCAGAACACAGGGAUCUCUAUCCAUAACUCUAGAAUCCUACCGGCUCCUGAUCUAAAACCAGUGGUCAGUAGCGUUAAGACGUAUAUGGGCCGGCCUUGGAUGAAGUACUCACGCACCGUGGUUCUUCAGACGUAUUUAGAUAGUGUUGUGAGUCCAGAUGGGUGGUCUCCGUGGAUUGAAGGUUCAGUGUUCGGUCUAAACACGUUGUUCUAUGCGGAAUAUAAGAAUUCCGGACCAGCUUCGUCCACCAAGUUGCGUGUCCGCUGGAAAGGGUUUCAUGUGUUGAAAAGAGCUUCCGAUGCAUCUGGCUUCACGGUCGGAAGAUUCAUAGCCGGUACUGCGUGGCUUCCAAUUACCGGCAUACCCUUCACUUCCGGACUCUAA